ACAACUUUGAGGGUGUCCCCGCAAAACACCACUACAAACCCACCCCUACCUUCAUCCCCUCUCGCAAGUAAAGCCGAGCAGAUCUCCUCGCCGCCUCGCCUCGUCCUCCUCCGGCGCUUCCCGCGAUUCCGACCAUGGAGGGCGACAGUACCAACCUCGAUGCGGCGAUAGAGUCACUCCUGAAUGUCGAGAAGCAGAUGAGACUGGCCGGCGAUGUCGCUGGCACGCGGAAGGCCGUCAUCGACAUCGUCGAGCUUUGCUACAAGGCGGGUGCGUGGAAGACACUCAAUGACCAGAUCGUUCUCCUCUCGAAGAGGAGAGGCCAGCUCAAGCAGGCUAUUACCGCCAUGGUUCAGAAAGCAAUGGAGUACAUUGAUUUGACGCCAGACAUGGACACACGCAUUGAGCUAAUCAAAACAUUGAGCAGCGUCUCUGCUGGCAAAAUAUAUGUCGAGAUAGAGCGAGCAAGAUUGAUCAAAAGACUUGCGAAAAUCAAAGAGGAGCAGGGAAAGAUUGAUGAGGCUGCUGAUUUGAUGCAAGAAGUUGCUGUCGAAACAUUUGGCUCUAUGGCAAAGACAGAAAAAAUUGCUUUCAUUCUCGAGCAGGUCCGGCUAUGUCUGGAUCGUCAAGAUUUUGUCCGAGCACAAAUUUUAUCCAGGAAAAUCAGUACUAGAGUAUUUGAUGCAGAUCCAUCAAAGGAAAAAAAGAAACCGAAAGAAGGUGACAAUAUUGUCCAGGAUGCUCCUGCGGAAAUACCUUCCCUCCUAGAAUUGAAACGCAUCUACUAUGAACUGAUGAUUCGAUAUUACUCGCACAACAAUGAUUACCUGGAGAUCUGCCGAUGUUACAAGGCAAUCUAUGAUAUUCCAGCUAUAAAAGAGGAUCCAGCAAAGUGGAUACCGAUUCUUAGGAAGAUCUGUUGGUACUUAGUGCUGGCACCUCAUGAUCCUAUGCAAUCGAGCCUUCUCAACGCUACUCUAGAGGAUAAAAACCUUUCUGAGAUCCCAAAUUUCAGAUUACUGCUGAAGCAGCUGGUUACCAUGGAGGUUAUCCAGUGGACAAAUUUGUGGGAAUUCUUCAGGGAAGAAUAUGACAACGAGAAGAAUCUCGUUGGAGGGGCUUUGGGUGCCAAAGCCGCGGAAGACUUGAAGCUGAGGAUCAUUGAACACAACAUCUUGGUUGUCUCGAAGUACUACUCAAGGAUUACCCUCAAGAGGCUUGCGGAUCUGCUUUGCCUGAGUUUGCAGGAGGCAGAGAAGCAUCUUUCAGACAUGGUGAACUCAAAAUCACUGAUGGCAAAGAUCGACAGGCCAAUGGGAGUGGUGAGCUUCCGUACAGCUCAAGACAGCAAUGGAGUACUCAACUCAUGGGCCACAAACCUCGAGAAGCUCCUUGACCUUGUGGAGAAGAGUUGCCAUCAAAUACACAAGGAGACAAUGAUCCACAAGGCUGUGUUGAAAGCUUAGUUUUCGGCUCUUGGCUUUAUGUUCCCUUGGUAGCCUCCCGUGGUCAAAUUUCACAAGCUUUGGCCAAGCAUCCCCUGCUGCUUUGGAUAUUUGUUGUCGGGGCCAUACUCACUGUCCUCCAAUUUGCUUAACUCGUGUAUCUUGCUGAAUAUUAUUUGAAUUCCUAGAUCUGCAAUCAGACACCUGCUCUUGAAAACUAGAUCUAGCUUAUUGAAUUUAGAGAAGAAAAGAACGACCAUUUGUAGA